UUUUCACAUCUCUAAGUUAUAAUAGAGUUAAAUGGUGUAGAAUCAACACCGUUCGUGGUUUUAUUGUCAGGUCCAACUUCCGGUUGCAGGUCUGAGAACAGUAAACAGACGGUCUGACAGUGUGGAGGCCACUUCAAGUUCACGUUAAAAGAGUCAAAUAACAAUAAAACAUAAUACAUGUUAAAUAUGAUGUUGAGUUAGAGCCACAUUCAGGAAUAAAACACAAUAAACACAGGUGAAUUAAAAAAAAUAUCAAAUAUUCAAUGAAACGGGGGCCAGUUCUGCUAAUGUGUGUGUGGUUCCUGUUUCAGAACAGAUGACGUUUCCUCCACGUUGAUGACGCUGAUGCUCAUGAAGUUCCUCAAUAUUUGUGAAACCGAUGCGAACGUUUAACAAAUUGCACCCUGGAAUACGUCACCUAACGUCUGGACAACAGGCCGUUAAACUUCACUCCACUCUCGUGUUUAUUCGUUUUAAAUUAAAGUCGUGGCGCUGGUUUUCAUCUGUAAAUGAUUAACUAAUGUCUUUGGUUUAUAUUUCUCUACAAUAUUCACUAAGUUCAGCCUCGAACACGGACUGGUCGCCGGUGUUGUUGUAGUUCCCGGCGGCCGGAAACAGCGGCAGAGUGAAGCCUCUCCUCUCAGGGUGUAACGUUCAAAAACUUCCGUGACGGCGCUGGAACUGGAACUGAAGCGAGGGUUUGAGAGCGGGAGGGGAAUUCCAGCUCAGCCCUCACCCCCACCACUGCCCCCCCGGACAACCUUGUUUUGCUUUCGCUCCGCACUUAGAAACAGAAAAACGGUCACACUUUUGUUUUCCUGGAAAAAUAAACACGAGGACGAAGAGUUGAAGUUGUCGUCGGCCGUGAGGCAGCGCUCGUCACUCCGUCAGCAGGACCGUGGAGUCAGCGGAGUCAGGUAGAGGUUCGAUUUCCGCAUUUUCGCUGUUGGCUGGAGACACACACACACACACACACACACACAGGGCACACAGACACACACGGGCAGACGGUGCAGGACGACAUGACAGAUCGCUGUGACACCAUGCCAGUAGAGAGGAUGAGGAUGAGACCAUGGCUGGAGGAGCAGAUAAACUCCAGUCAGAUACCAGGACUGAAAUGGCUUAACAAGGAAAAAGGAAUCUUCCAGAUUCCCUGGAUGCACGCGGCCCGUCAUGGCUGGGACCUGGAGAAGGACGCGCCCCUCUUCAUGAGAUGGGCCAUUCACACAGGUAAAUACCAGCCCGACGUGGACCGUCCCGACCCAAAGACGUGGAAGGCUAACUUUCGCUGUGCCAUGAACAGCCUGCCGGACAUCGAGGAAGUGAAGGACAAGAGCAUCAAAAAGGGAACCAACGCCUUCAGAGUUUAUAAGAUGCUGUCGUCCACGGAGAGAAAUCUGAGAAAAGGAAAGAAAAAGUCUGACAAAGAGGGGAGACCCAGAGAACACAGUGAGUCAGAUUCUGAUGGUUGGUCCUCCGACUGUCUCCGUCCUCAGGAAUCCUCGUUUCAGCUGCCAGACAGGAUUCUUCUCCAGGCUGACGGUGGACACGCCGACCCUUUCAAAGGUCAUCCAAUGAUCAAAAAGGAGGAAGUAGAACCAGUAGCUGUGGACGCAGCCUCAGCUGUCCACAGUCCAUUCUACGACCACGUGAUCACCAGCGAACAGCUGCCAUUCGUUUGUCAGACCAUUGAAGUAACCACUGAGAACGAGGAGCAGACAGUUAGCUCCUCCCACUCCUACCCGCUCCAAAUCUCCCCGGUCUCUUCAUGCUACGGCAGCGACACAGACAGUGACACGGAGGACACUAAAGAGGUUGGCGGUGCAGUCUGGAGACGGGGAACCCAGAACCCAGUCCUCAGGUUUCCCACGUGUUCUCUGCCCGGAAUGGCCUCGUUCUUCAGUCCAAACAAGCCCAACUUCAGAGUGACCAGCCAGCGGGACCCCGCCCCACUCAUCAGCUACCACACUGACCCCUGGGCCUCCGCCUACAGCCAGAACUCUCCCACGUCGCCGACCCAGAGCAACAGUCAAGAGGUGCGAGAAAGUGUCAUCAAGAAAACGUCUGACGUCACGCCCUCCUGACCCCGGACCGGUCGAGAACCCGGCUGCCCUCGGGGCAGAACCGACCUAGAACCGACCAGAAUGUGGCUAAAAAGACAAACCAUCACAUGUGGGGUGUGUGUGUGUGUGUGUGUGUGUGCCUGACUAGAGCUGCAGUGAUGGGAGCCACUCAGUGUCUGAGUCUUGAACCCGUUCCCUGACCCAGGGGUCAGUCCUUUAAAUACUUGAAUGUUCCGUGUGUCUCUGGGAGGACCACAGCUUCUGCACUUUAUUAUCACCACGUCCUGGACACGUGAGACGGAGCAUGUUUUUAACCUGUGGCCCAGUGGUUAAAGGAUUUUUAUUAGAUGGUUGGAGGUUCGACUCCAGGGCCUGUCAGAGGGCAGUUACACUGUAAGGUGCAAAGCAUUUAUUUAUGGGACACUUUCCAUCCAGUCCAGAAGACGGGUCAGAACAGACCCAGUCAAAUCACCUGUAGGUUCUCUGCAGGAACCGGUUGAGUUCUCUGAGCAGAGUGUGAUAUGAACCGGUGGAACAAAGAGGUUUGAAUGGAACGAGGAAGUUGGACCUGGGUCGACAAACCAGAUCAACAGGAUGAUGAUGAUGAUGAUGAUGAUGAUGAUGAUGAUGAUGAUGAUGAUGAGCCCAGAAUCACUGCAGACCCUGUCACGUGUAUGUAUGUGUGUGUGUGUGUGUGUGUGUGUGUGUGUGUGUAAAGCAAAGCUCAGGUUAAAGUCCGUUGCAGGACACACUGAUGACACAGACUUUGAAAUCGUGUCUUCUCCUUACCGCCUCCUGCUGGUAAUUAUUUGCAUAAAUCUAUGUAUGUUGGCUGGGGUGGCUUUAGCACCUUAUGGACAGCACUAGUAUGUGUGUGUGUGUGUGUGUACAACCUGCGCUUCACCCUGUUAUUGUCGGUCGUUUGUCUACUGACUACACACACACACGGGGAGUGUGUGUGUGUGUGUGUGUAGUCAGGUUGUUUGGGCUGAAUCAGAACCAGCUUCUGUAAUGAAGGAAGAGCUGAAAACACAGUCGGUCUUGAAGUUGUACUUGAAGUACAGCUCCAUAAACGUGUACGGUUUUAUGAUGACAUUUUUGUAAAGAGAAAUCUUUAUAAAAAUGUACGUAUUUUCAUGUACAAUACAUUUGUAUUAAUCUUAAAUAUUCAUAAAUAUAUGUACACUUUACUACAUGUUUAUAAACCUGAUCCCAGUGGAACGUUGGUUCUGUUAGAACACAGUGGAAGAGUCUGGUUCACCUGUUGGCAGUGACCUCAGCAGUGACCUCAGCAGUGACCCUUGACACGCUGACUCACGGUCUCUCGUCCACUCUCUUCUCUCAGAGUAAACGUGCCUGCUAACACAG